AUGGCGGGCGUGGGCGUGGAUCGUAGCCGGACGCGGCGCGAGAGAACAUUUGUGGGCAGUGACUGUGCCGUGUGUGACGAGCCUCUAGAACAUACUCUACGGGGAGAGCGAGUCUUGCAAUUCUCCUGCGCUCAUGUUUCGCACGAGGCCUGUUUCUAUGAGUUCAUUCGUGAGUGCGAGGGCCAGUACUGCCCCGUAUGUGAUGCGCCGCUGGGACUGGACACCAGCCGGGGAGGCAAUGUCCUCGAUCUUGAAAAACUGAGCAACAUCGUCCGCACCGUGACCAGUGACGCAGCAACGCAACGGAGUGGCUAUACCGCUCCUGCGCCGUGGGAUCCGGCCCCCGCUUCCGGACGGCGUCCCAGCGAUGCUGGAAGUCGACCCACUACCAACCGGGAGAGCCGGGAUAUGUACAUCCGCCGAGAUAGCCGGGACACGGGGAGCCAUCGUGAUCGUGUUGAACAUCUUACUCAAGGCUCUCGCCAGCAGCACUCACGGAACGGCAGUGCGGCUGGGUCAUCCGCGGACUACAAUGAUCCACAGCAUUCGGCCAACGUCAGACGACAUGACUACGAUGUACAGGCCAUGGAGUCCGACCUCAGCCCUCGUCCACCGGUCAUGAAGAACCCAAUUCCGGCGCCGACAGUGACCAUACGCAGCGAAUUUCCCACCCUUAACAGGUCCCGUCAGCAGCAGGCGUUGACCUGUCUGAUUACCGUCGAAGUGCCGGAGGGUAGUUGGCGUCCAAGUGACGACGAUUUGCGCCACACAGCGAAUGCCACCCCUCAACCACAGGAGGAGUUAUUGAGCGCGAUGCGGUUCCCCACGGUUCAAGAGCCCCGACAGAUCCCCUUCGAACCGCAAGAGAACCUGGAUGAGCUUGCGGAGCAGUUGCGCAAGAAGGUGGACAAUUGGCAUGGACUGGAAUUUCAACGGUUCGGCAAGCUUCGACUGCAUGGUCAGAUGAGCGUGGGAAAAGACCGGCAAUCCUGGCAGGAGCUGGAAUGCUACUUGUUUGGGGAGAUGCUAAUCUGUGUCAAAGAAAAGAAGAGCAACCAUCAUCGCCCUCAGGAAGAGGAGUCGGCGAAGCCGAAAGCGACGAGGUCAACGCUCAAAGGAUCGAUUCUGAUUAAGAAACACCUGCAAAGCAUGGAGAUCUCUCCUGAUGAUCUCGUCCUGACCUUGAACUUGUCUGUGGCUGAGCUUCCUUGCUUUUACCUUCGCUUCCCGACCCGAAAACAACUUGACAUCUGGCGACGGGCCCUCAUCGAUCUACAUCCAGUAGAUGGCAUGUCCCGAAACGGCGACUUCGACCUGGAUACUUCUGGCGCGGAGGAAGAAGAGUACCGAGCCACUCAGAUCAAACGUCAGGCCUCGCUGAACUCGUCCCACGGAGCGGCCCGUUCCAACAACACGGCCAUUACGGAUUAUACCAAUGCCGGCAUGGACAGCCCACAUCCGUCCUCGUUUCAUAUACCCCUGGAUCUGGUGGUUGUGAUACCGGUCUCUUCCUCUAUGCAAGGGUUGAAGAUUACCCUACUGCGCGAUGCCCUCAAAUUUCUCGUACAGAACCUCGGCCCUCGCGACCGUAUGGGCCUGGUGACGUUUGGUUCCAGUGGAGGAGGAGUGCCUUUAGUUGGCAUGACUACCAAGAGUUGGGGUGGUUGGAGCAAAAUCCUAGACUCUAUCCGGCCAGUUGGCCAAAAGAGUCUCCGUGCAGACGUCGUUGAAGGAGCCAAUGUGGCCAUGGACCUGCUGAUGCAGCGCAAGUCGGCCAAUCCUGUCUCCAGCAUCCUUCUGAUCAGUGAUUCCUCCACGUCCGACCCCGAAAGCGUCGAUUUCGUCGUCUCCCGAGCGGAGGCUGCCAAGAUUAGCAUCCACUCCUUCGGUCUCGGAUUGACCCACAAACCGGAUACGAUGAUCGAGCUGUCAACUCGCACGAAAGGCUCAUAUCUUUAUGUCAAGGACUGGAUGAUGCUUCGCGAGUGCGUGGCUGGUUGCUUAGGAUCUCUACAAACGACUUCGCAUCAGAAUGUCAAGCUCAAGCUCCGUCUGCCUGAGGGGUCCCCGGCCAAAUUUGUCAAAAUCAGCGGUGCUCUCCACACCACCAAACGUGCCACCGGACGCGACGCAGAGGCCGCCCUCGGGGAUCUCCGUUUCGGAGACAAGCGUGACAUUCUCGUCCAACUCGUCAUUCCGCCGGAUAAUUCGAGUCAAGAACAGGUGCCUCAGGACGCUUGGGAGAGCCUUGUAUCUGGCCUCGAAGCUCUUGGAGGUGGCUCGGACACCGAUGAUCAGCGCGUGUCAAGUGUGGAGGAGGUCCCACUAAUCCAGGCAGACCUCACAUACGGUGAUCUUCUGAGGGACGGUCAUCUCACGCAUUCCCCUCGGCCUUCGCUGCUGGCCAUUACUAUGCUCCCGCCCAAUCCAAGAGCCAAGCCUGGCCGUCCGGCUAGCCCACCCAUCCCACCUCUUCCGUCCAUUGUCCAGCGACGUAUGGAGCUGUUGACUUCCGACAUGUUGACGAGAGCACUGACUCUUGUUUCGCGCGGACAGCAUGAUCGCGCACAACACCUCUUGAGCGAGACUCGCAGUAUCUUGAAGGGUCUCGGUAAAGGUAGCCUGCCUCCUCUCCCUCCGGGCGCGAAGCCAGCUGCCACCAGUGAUUCUGGUAGUCGCGGUGGAACCCCGACAUCUUCCUCCUUCGAUAGUCACUCAGCAUCGUCGGACACGGCUACUAUCACGCCUGGGGCGGGAGUCGAUGCACAAACAAUAUCCGCCUUGGACGCCGAUCUGCAGGCCGCUUUGGAGUGGAUUAAUCACCCAGCAGUCUUCUCCCGCGACUCUCGCAAGGCGGUGCUGCAGGGCAUCGGCGUGAUCUCCUCGCAGCGUGGCUUCACGUUCCGCUCACCGGCUGAAGCCCACUGGGCGCAGCGCGUAGCGGGAGUUCGACGCUUGACCGAGAGGUCCAAAGAGUGGCGUGAGACCGGAGACGACGCCUUGAUGGAAGAGUAA